AUGCCCCUCCUCGCCCUCCCCAACGAGCUCCUCCUCAUAAUCGCCGAACACCUCCGCUUCGCCAAAGACGCCGCCUCCCUCCUCCUCACCUGCCGCCACCUCUCCCUCCUCCUCACCCCGCACCUCCACCACCGCGCAACCCAACCCUACUCCGGCCUCGGCGCCCUGCACUGGGCCUCCUCCCGCGGCCACAAACCACUCAUCAAGCUCCUCAUCCUCCAAAAACACUUCGACAUCAACGCGCCCGACGCCCUCCUCGGCCAGCCCCCGCUGCACCACUCCAUCUCCCCCCGCAUCUCCUUCACCGUCCCCGCGCUCCUCGUCUCCCUCGGCGCCGACGUCAACUACCGCACCAUCAGCGGGCGCGACGCCCUGCACGUCGCAAUCCGCCACGGCCACAUGCAGACCGCGCAGAUGCUCGUCGAGCACGGCGCCCGCGUCGACACGCGCGACGCGGGCGGCCACACGGUGCUCUACAUUGCUGCCUAUGUGGCGUCGCCGGGCAUGGUCCGCUUCCUGCUGCAGCGCGGCACGGACGUGAAUAUGCGCAAUGUGGAUGGGAGGACGGCGCUGCACUGCGUGAUGCUUCAGGGCUACUCGGCGGGGUUUAAUCGCAACUCGGUGGAGCUGCUGGGGCUGCUGUUGAAGAGUGGGGCGGAUACGGGGCUGCGCUCGGAUGAUGGGUAUACAGCGAGGGAUAUUGCGGUGAUGAGGGGGCUGCAUAGGGCUGUGGAUAUAUUGGAUAGUGCAAGAGGACCUGUUGCUGCUGCUACUACUGCUGCUGCUGCUGUGGCUGCGGUGGAACGUCCGGGGAUGUUGAAGGUUUAG